GCUGGAGCGCGCGCACGCGCGCGGGCAAGCAAGGGAGCGAGAGAGGCAGGGAGGCGAUGACAGUGGUUCUGCCUUCUCUGCUUCGGAAGAGAGGGGGGUAUAUAAAGCCCUGAAAAAGUCAUUCAGGGCUGCAGAUAGAUUCGCCCACUCCCGGCAGCCCACGUGGGGAGAAGAAGCGAGGCUGAACUUGGCGCGGGCACGGGCGCGGGCUCGGGCGCGAGCGGGAGGGCGGCGGACCUGGAUUCCGCUGGUGCGGUACGACGGUUCGUGGAGGAACUGGAGCAGCCGCCAGAGCCCCGGGGGGUCGCGGUGAGGGGGCGGGAGACUGGGCUGUCCUUUUCCUGAGGCCCAGGCCUGGUGAUCUCGGCUGUAGGAGAGCGGAAGAGGACGGGGCGGGCCCUGUCGCAGUUGUCAACAUUAUAUGGAAAAUGGCUUCACCAGUUCAGCAGAUACCCAAAUGGUUCUACUCAUUAAAAAUAAAAAGUUUCAUCACCAUCAGAAAUCAAUUCAUGAGACCAAGAAAAACAACUUUACAUGGACUCUUGGCACGGCCUCAGGAAUCUUCUGGCAAUUUUUUCCAUUGGGGAUUCAUGAACUAUAGGACUUCUUCCUUAUGGAAUAGUUCCCAAGCUCUCAGCUCAAGUAGACAAGAUAAUAUUUCUGUACAAGACACUCACCCUCCUUCCAUUAAUGAACUACAACUCAAAACUGAAGUAACCAACUUUGAUUCAUUAGAAGAACUGGAGGAUUUGCCCCCAAUCUCUCCACUGCAACAGAUUUCUGAGGAGGAUGCUGUGCAGAUUGUUGCAGAACCUCCUCUGCCCCCAGCUUCAUUCACACUUCAAGACUAUGUGGAUCGUUCUGAGACACUGCAGAAGUUAGUGCUCCUGGGGGUCAAUUUGUCCAAGCUGGAAAAACGCCCAGGUGCUGGUACACUCCUUCUGAGGCUGGAUUUCGAAAACGACAUACAAAAAAUACUUCUGUUUCUUAAGGAUAUUGGUGUAGGAGAUAACCAAUUAGGAGCAUUCCUUACUAAAAACUAUAUUAUUUUAACUGAAGACUUGGAGAAUCUAAGGAACAGGGUGGCUUAUCUUGAAUCAAAAAAAUUCAGUAAGACAGACAUCUCUCGGAUGAUUGUAAAUGCACCACAUUUGCUGAGUUUUUCCGUGGAUAGACUGGAUAACAGAUUGGGAUUUUUCCAGAAAGAACUUGGACUGAAUGUGCAAAAGACCAGAGAUCUGGUUAUUCGUCUUCCACGACUAUUAACUGGAAGUCUUGAGCCUGUGAAAGAAAAUAUGAAGGUUUACCGACUUCAACUUGGCUUUAAACAUAAUGAAAUUCAGCACAUGGUGACUAGAAUCCCAAAGAUUUUAACUGCAAGCAAAAAGAAGCUAACAGAGACAUUUGACUAUGUGCACAAUGUGAUGAGCAUUCCCCAUCAUAUUAUUGUCAAAUUUCCACAGGUGUUCAAUUCAAAACUGCUAAAAAUCAAAGAAAGACACUCAUUUCUUGCCUACUUAGGAAGGGCACAAUAUGAUCCUCAAGAGCCUAAUUACAUCUCUUUAGACAAGCUCGUGUCUAUUCCUGAUGAAGUAUUUUGUAAAGAGGUUGCUAAAGCUUCAUUACAGGACUUUGAAACAUUCUUAAAAACUCUUUAGCUGCUAAGGGAUGAAAUUUAAUAAUCCAUUAAUAUUUAUGUGAAUCAAUAUAUGUUUUGUAUAAAUAACUUUGUCUAAAUAGAUUUAAAUAAACCUUUGUUUAAUAUUGUAAAAGGGCUUGCUCCUUUCAAAUCUUCUUUACUUGUUCUUAAUUUAUUUUCUUGAGAGCCAUUUUCUUGAGAAACUUGAAGGCCAGAAGCAAUCACAGGCAAGUAAGAACUUUGAAAAUAACAUGUUGAAUUUAUUAUAUACUUUAAAAGAAGA